AUGUUGAGGCAGAGCUCUAGUAGAAAUCAGAGAUCCAAAGGUCUGAAGCUGAAGAAAGCUCUUCAGAUCAGUCUCCUGCUUCUGGUUUCUGUUUGGUUGCUCUACCAAGUUGAGCAUUCUUAUGAGAAGAAGGCAUAUAGUGAAGAUGAAGUGAGUGAUUUGCAUAAAGAUGACAAAGACCAGCCAGAGGCAGUCAGAUUAGGCAGGAAGGAUCUGCCACCAAAGAUGGAGGCUGAUUCUUCAACAUUGGAUGAACGGGUUGAGGAUGAAGAGAAUUAUGAAAUGGAGCAAGAAAUGAAGCAUGAUGAGAACGAUGAGGAUCCCAUCGAUGAGCAGGACCUGGAGAAGGAUGAGGAUCUUCCUGAGCCUGGUGAGCAUUCUUCUGAGAAGGAUGGAGAUGUGGGUGUGUUUGAGGAUGAAGAGCGGAAGGAGCGGUCACAGGAGGAUCAAGAGAAGAGCUUCCAUGGUGACAAUGUUUCUAGUGCUGUUACUCAUGACCCUCCAUCGUCUGAGCAAGAUGAGCUGUUCCACCAUGCCCAAGAGAAGGUCUUAUUCGUGGAUGAUGCUUCAACUGCAGUGCCUAACGAAAAUCAUGAGGCUGGAAGCAAGGAGGAGGAAGUGCGCAGGGCUAGGGAAAGGAGUUUCAGAGGUGAUGAUGUGUCAAGCUCUGUGGAUCAUGAUGCCAAGGUGGCAAAACCUCUCCCAGAGGAACAAUUGAACAGCAUGGAUAGGAUAUUUGAAGGCACCACAAAUUUAUCUAAUGGAAUUUCAUUUCGAGCUCCUGGAAUAAAUGGAUCAUAUGCCACCGUGGACAAUGCGGCUACACCAACUAAUUCAUCUUCCCAGAAAAACUCAGACAUUCCUAGCAAUGACAUAGAAAGCAAGACCCAUCCAUCUCCAGCAAAUUUGACCAGCAACCCUGAUCAAACUAAUUCAACUUUGAAAGGUCAUCCAGAUCAACAAGUGAAUUCAACGGCAGUGCUUGGCAACCAAAUACAGCCUUUGACUAACCGCACGUCGCUUGAGUUGGAUUCUCCUCCAAAUGGCACCUUGGCUCUGGUAACAGAUGUCCAAAAGUCCACAUCUGGAGCUGGAGAUGAUGGCAGCAGCAACACCUCAUCCUCCACCCCUGUGGACAAGAAGACGGACGGUGGAGAUGAUCCUAAAGAAGACGUGGAUGUGUCCACAAAAAUAAUGAACAGGGCAAUGAGUGAAGAUGAAGUUGUUCCAGAGUGA